CUGGAUCUCUAUGUGGUGAACAUCUUCUGAUGGCACAAUCAUGGAUUGAUAAGAUGAACUGAAUUGCAUAGAUGGAUGGCGACUGGGAGGAAGUAAGUUUUGAUCCUGGUCCAAAACUGAAUACAGAUCGUAGAAUCCUCAACUUCCUGGUCUUUGGGCGGGGUAGCCUUAUAAGAACCACUUCCCGUUGGAAUGGCAUUUCUACCAUUUCUAUACCAUUUACUGAUCUUUUCCCCCCUUCCAGGUCGGGCGUCUGCUACUCCCACCACCGGGGCAGAAUGUCGUACCCACGCAAGUUUAUUCCACCGCCUUCGACACGGCGCAAGAGCUCAUCUGGGCUGGAAAUGAGUUCGGUCGCGUCUCGAAUUUCUACGGCACCGAGCUGACACGAUACACAUCCUUCAAGGCCGGCGAUGGACCAGUGCGGCAGCUGUUAGUACAUGAUAAGGGAGUGAUAGCUUUAUGUACGCAGAGUGUGCACAUGGCAACGAGAAGGGGUCCGCCACUAUGGCAUAUAACGUAUGAUUGCACACCAGCAAUUGAGUAACGGGAAUGGGAACUGAUUGACAGUAGUCAUGAUGAAAUGAAAGAUUUGCGGUGUAUGACUUUUACCUCCAAAGGCACUUCCGCGAUAUUGGUGGCAGGGUUGCAGGAUCAGAUGUUCAUCAUUGAUGUGGACAAGGGAACUAUUACCAAACAGGUAGAAAAGCACAUAGUCUUCCUGAUUUGGAGAUUUCAGCUAAAGUAUUAGAUCCCGACACCAGAUCAUUACACCAUCUUGAAACGAAGCCGAUAUAUAUGCGCUGCGACCAAGGUGGGAGCGGUCAAUAUCCUCGAUUCUACCACUUUCAAGCUGGUCAAAACAUGGAAUGCUCACUCGUCAGGUAUAAAUGAUAUGGAUGCCCAGCAUGAUUUCAUUGUCACUUGCGGCUAUUCUUUUAGGCCGCAACAGCAAUACAUGCUCGACCCGCUGGUCAAUGUAUUUGACUUGAAAAAUAUGAAUUCCAUGUCCCCGAUUCCCUUUCCUGCUGGCGCAGCAUAUGUUCGAAUGCAUCCCCGAAUGUCUACCACAAGUAUCGUUGUGUCCCAGAUUGGUCAGAUACACAUUGUCGAUUUGAUGAACGUAAACACCAGCAAUGUGAGACAGGCGAAUGUAUUGUCUUAUUUGACUAUGAUGGAGAUAGCGCCUUCAGGCGAAGCCAUUUUAUUAGCAGACCAGGAGUGUAAUUUACAUCUCUGGGGCUCGCCUUCUCGAGUGAGAUUUGCUGAGCUCAGUAAUCCAGUCGAGUUUGCUGAUGCCGAAGAAACUCCCCAACCACUCGAUUGGAAAGUCGAUACGUAAGUUUUUCCCAUGAAGAUCCGUCCGUCAACUUUACUAAUGGUUUCAAAGGCCUUUGAAUAGCGUUGGUAUGCCCUACUAUCGCGAGCAAUUACUGUCUGCCUGGCCAAGCCAUAUGAUAUUUGAAAUUGGUGCCCCGCCACAGAAAAUUGACCCACAAGUGGUGGCCACUUCAAAGAUCACAGAAUGGGGUGCAUACAGUCGAAACACUCGUAGCGUGAAGAGAAACCAAGUGAAAAACACCAGAACUACCGAGAAAACAUCCUCGAGCCUCCAAGCUCCUAAAUUCUUAAGUGAAAAGGCUAGGGAGUCAGCCAGCGAUCCAGUUGUAGAACGCAGAAUAAGUGAUGUGGCCGAUGCCAUUGGUGCUACCGAACUUUCGAGCAUGAAGGCGGAGGUUCCUGUGAUGUAUCGGAAUGUGGAGAUCAAAUAUAGCAAGUUUGGAGUUGACGACUUCGAUUUUGGGUUUGUGAUCCUGCUUUCGUAUCCCCAAGGUACUUGUUAUUUAACAUGUAAUUCCAGAUUUUACAAUAAGACAACCUAUUCGGGUCUUGAAAUCCACAUCUCCAAUUCAUACGCCAAUCCGUUACUUCAAGUCAUGCACUUCACGCCUCUCAUGCGGAACUUAGCGUUGCAGCAUACAGCAACCGCAUGUAUUAAUGAUUUAUGCCUACUAUGCGAAAUGGGGUUUCUAUUUGAUAUGCUCGAGAAAGCAGAGGGGUCAAUUUGUCAGGCCACUAAUUUGCUAAAGACAUUUAGCAAUCAUCCUCAAGGUAAGGCAUGCAAGUUUUUUCGUGGCCAUGGCCUCACUAAUACCGUUUCACAGCUGGACCUUUAGGUCUUCUCGAAGAAGAUGCCCCUGGCACAUCACUCACGACUAUGCUGCAAGGAUUGAAUCGUUUCCUACUGGAAAGAAUCACCCACGACUACCGAAGUGUCCCUCCAUAUGCUCCGGCCCUUGACCAUGUAAGGAUUUAAGUCGGAGAGAAGUUGUUUGAUGCACUGCUGAUGAAAACAGGUUCUAGCCACAUCAGCAACUACUGCGAUUCGUUGUAUGAAUUGCCGGAAUGAACAUACGCGACCUGGCACAACCUUUGUUAAUGAAUUACUCUAUCCAUUGCCUGUUUGUUCCCACGGUCUAUACUCGAAUAUGAACUGACGUAUCUAGAAAAUUGCCGUUCGAAGUGCCCGAGCACCUAAAGUUUCGUUUUGCCAAAUCUUGAAAUCUAGUGUGGAGCGAGAAACAACGAGUCGUGGAUGGUGCAGCCGGUGCCAAAGAUACCAAUCCCUAGCCACUAAAAGAACAAUACACAGCGUUCCUGCUGUACUUAUGCUAAACGCAGCCAUAACAACGCCUGAAGCAAAACAACUUUGGGCAACACCUGGCUGGUUACCCGAAGAAAUAGGGGUAAUUGUGGAUCAGGGGCAAUUCUUCUGCUAUCAAGGCGAGGAUCUAAAACUUCAUCUCCAACGGGGUAUACACAAUAUCACGGUGUACUCUUUAAUCGGCCUCGCAGCGGACAUUGACAGCGGACAAAAUCAAAAGUCCCAUCUCGUCUCUCUCGUAAACGGUUUGUGAUGCCUCUCUUCUAAUGAAUUCUUUUGCUCAUAUUUCACAGUGGCACAUUCUAGGCCUGAGGCUCCAGGACAGAGUCAAUGGCAUCUCUUCAACGACUUUUUGGUCCGGCCAAUCCAAGCAGAGGAGGCCCUGUCAUUCAACACAUCCUGGAAAGUUCCUUCUGUGAUAGCAUACCAAGUUAAAGUCGCCAAUAAUCGGAUUGAUAAUUCUUGGAAGCAGAAAUUGGAUACAUCGCUACUUUUUGUGGAUCACAAGUAAGUUGGCAGAUUUCUCGAAGGUGGGCUCUUAUUAACAAAGCAUUUCAGUAAAAAUCCAGGCGAAAAGACGUACCGUAACUUGGUACCUCAGGAAACACCAGGAGAGGGAACAAUUAUUGCGCUGGAUACAGAGUUUGUCGCAGUUCGACAACCAGAAAUAGAAAUGAAUUCGGAUGGAGAACGAGAAACGAUUCGACCCAUCGUCUAUGCACUGGCACGAGUGUCCGUAAUCCGGGGAUCAGGUGAAGAUGAGGGGCUACCUUUUAUCGACGACUAUAUCGCCAGUAAAGAACCAAUCGUCGACUACUUAACGUCAUACUCCGGGAUCGUCGACGGAGAUCUCGAUCCCAGACUAUCAAAACAUAACCUUGUAUCUCUGAAAGUGGCCUACAAAAAGCUCUGGACACUUCUCAAUCUGGGAUGUAAGUUCUUGGGUCACGGUCUGAAGCAAGAUUUCAGAGUAACCAAUAUCCACGUCCCCAAAUCUCAAGUCAUCGACACGAUCGAUUUCUUCUUCGUCAAAGCUCGUCUAAGAAAACUCUCGCUCGCUUUCCUAGCUUGGUACCUCUUGAAGGAAGACAUCCAACUUGAAACCCACGAUUCCAUUGAAGAUGCAAGAACAGCUCUGAAGCUCUACCGCAAAUACCAGGAGUUUUCAGAUGCUGGCGUCCUAGAGACCAUUCUUGCGGAUAUCUAUCGGACGGGUCGGGAGAUGAAUUACAAACCCCCAGCGGCGAAGAAAGAUGGCCAUCUGAUUGAGAGAACGGAGACGCCACCUAUUGCUCCUGAUGGCCAUGUAUUGGGUAUUGGGAGAGGAGCUGGGGGCAGUAGUGGUCCUACGACGCCGGUCAGGAGACCUGCUGGGUUGGCACCCGGGACGGGAUCGAGUUUCGGGAGUGGCUGGACACCUGGGAAGGCUGGGUUGGGGGCUGCGUUUGGAGGGAGUCCCUUGAGGUAA